UUCUCUAAAGUCUGAUUUAUUGAAGCAUGUCAUGACCCACAUUCACACGUCUAGUGUGGAGCAAGAAGGCAGCCGGCCUGCUGUCGCUGACUAUGCAUUUGAAGAAAAGCCAUCAAAGGUCUCACGGGGGCCUUUCAUCAAUCGAGAGCUUGCGCUCCGAGACUGCUGCGUGCGGUUAGAACGCCUCCAACACCACGAGGCUCUCGCCGGCCACGACACUGCCCAAGACACAACACAUAUAUUUGAAGAAAAACCGUCCCCGGAGCGCGUCCUUAGUCAAGACUCUCCGCUCGCGCUCCGAGACUGCUGCGUGCGGCUCGAACGCAUCCAACACCACGAGGCUCUGGCCAGCAACGACACUGCUCCAGACACAACACAUACUCAAACGGAAUCUGAUACUGAAAAUAACGCUAGAGACUGUAAAAAAGAAUUAGUGUGCGAUCUUUGUGGUGAAGGGUUUGUUCUGAAGGCGGAUUUAAUGAGGCAUGUAAUGAUCCAUAUACAUGUAUCUAACGCUGGCUCGAUUGAGCCAAAUAAUUCACAAUACAAAAUAAGCACAAAUGUCUUGAAGGAUAACUCGAAUAUAGAUGCGCAUGUGUGUGAAAUUUGCAGAAAAACAUUUCACCACAAAUAUGACUUGAUUCGUCAUAUACAAAACACACACACGCAAACAAAUUCUAAAAUAAUAAAAACAAAGUCAACGGUCUAUGAGUGUGAUAAAGAUAAGAAAACAUAUCCCUGCGACACAUGUGGAAUACAUUUUACACAAAAAGUGUAUUUGAUUACACAUAAACGAAAUCACACGGAAAAAAGGCCUUAUUCGUGUAACAUAUGUGAAAAACGUUUUAAAACUUUUGGUUGUUUGAAAAUUCAUGGACGCGUUCAUACUGGUGUAAAGCCAUAUUCGUGCGAAAUAUGUCAAAGAAAAUUUGCGAUUAAAGGCAAUUUAGUGACGCAUAUAAGGACGCACACUGGGGAGAAGCCGUAUAAAUGCGAGAUGUGCAACAAGCGGUUUACGCAAUCUAGCGCUUUAGUUUUACAUAGAAGAGGGACCCAUACUGAAGUAAAACCAUAUUCCUGCGAAAAAUGUGACAAACAGUUUAUAGAAGUGCGCCUUUUAAACAAACAUAAAAAGGCUCAUACAGGCGAAAAACCAUAUAUGUGCAAAAUAUGUGAAAAGCAGUUUACGAACUUCCGCGGCUUAAAUAUGCACAAGGUUAGCCACACGGGUAUUACGUGUGAAAUUUGUAAGGAACAUUUUACGCAACGGGAAAGAUUUGAAAUUCAUAAGCGAACUCACACAGGCGGAACGGUAUAUACUUGUGCGCUGUGUAGUAUGAAGUUUGUAUGUUUCUCGAAAUUUAAUAGGCACAAACGAACACAUACAAACGAGAGGCCAUACGCAUGUGGAAUAUGUGGUAAGCGGUAUAAACGAGCUGGGCAUUUAACUGUACAUAACUUGUAUCACACUGGCGUAAAACCGUUCUCCUGCAAGAUGUGUGAUAAGAAAUUUGUGGAGCAACGUUAUUUGAUUAGCCACGAACGAAUACACACGGGGGAAAAACCAUUUUUGUGCGAAAUCUGCAAAAAACGGUUUACGCAAAAGACCCAUUUGAACAUACACAUGCGAAGCCAUACUGGAGAAAAGCCUUAUUCUUGCGAAAUGUGUAAUAUGAAGUUCAGAUAUUUGCAGGAAUUUAAAAAGCAUAAAGUGCAAUGUACAUAAAGUGAACUUUUAGCAUUCUACACUUCGAGCAACACCGGCUUCCGACAUGUCGGAAGGGAGGAGCCCAAGCGAUAUCUUACCGUACGAUUCAUUCUGCCAUUUUUUACGGGGGGAAACGCGCACAUAGUCGCACGUUUCACUCACUACAUACAAAAUCCAAUCUGUAAUGACGACACAAAUACAUAGAAAAUGACACAAGUCAAAGACUAAUCUUGCACACCUCGAUCUCUUUUUGUUUACGGACGAGUCACGACACGCACCGCCACAGGUACAGUUGUGCCUAUGCUUCGACAGAGGGGAAAUAGUACGAAUGCCGUCUCCCCACCCG